CAUUAUCAUGUGACAACCAACAGACAAACAUUAAGGAUACGGAAGCGGACUCAGAAUGGCAGCUGUCCUUUUGUGUUUUCUCCUGGCUGCGCCAGUGCUGCUUGUUACCUCCAGCCCAAUUCAUGACUCCGACAAUGGGACUGUACCACUAGUGCUCUGGCAUGGGAUGGGUGACUCGUGUUGCAACCCUUUGAGCAUGGGCUAUAUAAAGAAAAUGAUUGAGCAGGAGAUCCCAGGAGUUUACGUGCUCUCAGUGAUGAUUGGAAAAAACAUAGUGGAGGACACAGAAAAUGGGUUUUUCUCAGAUGUGAAUGAGCAGGUGUCCAUGGUGUGCAAUCAGCUGGCUCAGGACCCCAAGUUGAAGGGAGGAUACAAUGCGAUGGGUUUCUCCCAGGGGGCGCAAUUUCUGAGGGCUGUGGCUCAGCGCUGUCCCUCUCCACCAAUGAAAAACCUGAUCUCUGUUGGCGGUCAGCACCAAGGUGUGUACGGGCUGCCCAGGUGUCCUGGGGAGAGCUCUAAAAUCUGUGACAUGAUUCGUGAAGCUCUGAAUAAGGAAGCUUACUUGGGCUGGUUUCAAAAGCACCUGGUGCAGGCCCAGUACUGGCAUGACCCUUUGAACGAUGAUCUCUACAAGAAGUACAGCCGCUUCCUGGCUGACAUCAAUCAAGAGCGGGCGGUGAAUGAGACUUACAAGAAGAAUCUUCAGCAGCUAGAGAAGUUCGUCAUGGUCAAGUUCCUGCAGGACUCUGUGGUGGAUCCUGUCGAUACUGAGUGGUUCGGCUUCCUGAAAACUGGCCAAGCCAAAGAGACCGAGACUCUACAGGAGAGCGUUCUCUACAAGGAGGAUCGUUUGGGUCUGGCGGCGAUGGACAAAGCAGGGAAGCUGGUUUUUCUGGCCACCGAAGGCGACCACCUCCAGUUCAAAGAAGAGUGGUUCAAAGCCAACCUGCUGCCUUAUUUACACUAAAGCAGCUCCAUACUGAUAGUCUCAGAUUGCUGUAGCUGCAGUUGAAAUCAAGAGCAAUAUAACGCCAGUUUAACAGGAAGCUCAAGCUUAGCAGAAAGCAUCAUUUACUCUUUUUGCACUGAUCAUUUCCAGCGUGUUGGCUUUUAAUCUGUGUCUUGUGAUGCCAUCAUAAUUUUAGCAGUCACAUGUGCAGUUUAGCGAUGAGGUCAAACACUAUUCAUCAUUGUUGGCAGGUUUUACAGGGGUUUUUAAGCCACUCUUGUUUUUCCUCAUGUGGAUCUUUUAACUGUGAAAUAAUGCUUCUGUACAAAUAAAUCAUCAAUAAAAUAAAGACACCCAAAUACUUUGA